GAAAACGUUUGCAGUGGCGGUGACUCAACGAAGUGAGCCAACACGUCCGUCACGUAUCCUCCUCGAUUUAUCCAGUAUGUUUUCUUUGGUGUCACGCGUAAUUCGCCAUUUAUUAGACGAUUUUGGUUUGAUGAAUGACAAUUGGAGCCAUUAACGACGUGGUGUUCAAGAGGAGACUUAUUACUUGGUGAAAUCUGAAGACCAGUGACUUUUUUUUGAAGAUUCCUUGCUUAGGGUAAUAUUUUGUGCAAAAUGAAAUUUCAUCAGGAAUUGUGCAUAAUUACAGAUUUCCUUUUUAUUUAGUUUCAUUUUUUAAUACCAGUUGAAAGUGAUCGUUUAGAGGAAAUGGUACAUUAUCAUGUUUGACAUGAUACUAUAUAUGCCGAAGGUACGAUACUUUUGGCUAUAUAUAGCCAACGAUGGUUUCAUAUUGUGCCGUUUUUGGUUGCGGAAAUAAUUCAGAGCGUGAAGUAAACAAGUCCUAUUUCAAAAUCCCUCGCGUGACCCAAAAUGGGAAAUCGAAAGAAAGUGUCUUGUCGCAGCUGAGACAGGAAGCUUGGAUCUCAAGUCUGUCUUCCUCUAAUCUGAAUGCUGAGGAUUUGAAGGCCUAUAGAGUAUGCUCAGAUCAUUUUGUCAAAGGGAAGCCAUGCAGAUUGUAUGAUGUAGAUAAUAUAGACUGGGUUCCAACUCAGAAUCUUGGUGAAAGACUAGACUAUAUCCGUAUUAGAACGAGAAGCCCAGAGCCACAGAGGGGAAUAGCGCAGAAGAUACCAACUUCAGAUUGUUAUGCCCUCAAUAAGGAAACUACAACAGAUUCCAACUUUGGACCUACGUUUAAGGACAGUGUACACAGUGUUUUAAAAGAAAACAAUUCCCCUUUUCUUGGUGUGGCGGAACAUAGUAGAACGCAUUCAAAGGUUGUUUCAGUUGUUCCGGAAGGCUCUCAGUCAAACAAUACACACUGUAAGGAGAGUUUUGAUAGUUCUGGAAAGACGUUGACACAUUCUGUCCUUAGCACGCAAGACAUUCCAAAGAAAAGAUCGCACUCAAAAAAAGAUCCGUCUUCAAAGGGAAGUGGUCCUUUUAUUGCAUUGCAUCUAGAGGAUCACUCUUAUACAAAAACUGCAGUUGAAGGAGAUUUAAGUGACACAGACAGCUCCCGUACUAUAUCGGCUGCUUCAGACAGCUCCUGUACUUUAUCAGCUGCUUCCCCUCCUUGCUACUAUUCAAGUGAGAGUGAUGAUGAGUAUGUUUUUCUACCUGCUGCUUCAGUCAUUAUUCCUGAAGAUGAAUCAUUGCUUGAUAAGGAGGCUUAUGUACUGGUAGUAGAACCUGAUCCGGUUUCAAGUGAAGACAGCAGCUUGCUUCGUGGUGGGAAGAAGGAAUUGUCACCUGAUGAAAGUGAUUUGCCUGAUUGCUUAACAAGUUUCCUUUGUGCCAUGGAAGUUAUUGAAAUUUCAGAUGAUGAGAAUGUUGUUGAGGAAGUUCCUAAGAAGAAGCCAUCUGGUGGUGUAAAACGUCCUUUUCGAUGCAUCAAUUCUGAAUGUAGAACAGAAAAGGAUUUGCUUUAUGCCAAGCUGUUCGUUCGUCGGCAUUUUGGUGUCCCUCCGUGCACAAAGAAGAGAAAAGUAUGCCUGAGAUGUUUUGAUAUUGCCAAGCAAGAACAGGACCAACUGGUUAAAGUGGUAGAGUCUGGACAGUUACUUCUAGAAGAGAAAUUGCCUCCUCCAAAGACAACUGUUGUUCUGACAGAUUCAGACUCAGAUCCUUCUGAAUAUGAUAGUUCUAGUGAAGGAUCAGACUUGGAAGUGGAGUGUGACGAGGGCAAGACGGUGGAAGAGACCAUCAAAAGUAUCAUGACCGAUCUACAGUUAGACAAACAGAUCAGUCUGGGAAUCUCCCACCUGGAUGAACGACUCAAAGCUGUUGAAGAGGGUUUUGAGAAACAUGCAGACGAAUAUGCAUCGAUUGAGAAAGAGCUGGACAAGGUUCGCAAAGAAUUCUAUGAUAACUUCCGCCCAGAUAUCAUGACAUCAGAAGUUAUUGCUGAGAGUUUCCGUUUAUACUCCAAUGGAGAAACCUACUCCGUAGGACCACUUAACCGAUAUGAGCUGAAACCCAAUGAAAUGUGCUUUUGCAUGAAGUAUUCUCUUUUUGCGAGAUGGGUUCAGGCGCAAGUCGUUGAAGUAGAGAAACGUGAACCAAAGAACACUCUGUAUAAGAUAAGAUAUAACCGUAAUGCCAAGGGCUCUGGCACUCCACACGUCUUACCUGGACGACAGAUAGCAUACUAUGAUAAAUGCUCCACUAGAAUACCAGUGGGAACUCGUGUCAUAGCCAAGUACAAAGACGAAGAUCCCAAAAACUCAGCAGUUUCAGGGUCUUUUUAUGUUGGUGUUCUAGCAGAGAUUCCCACUGCAGCAAACAAAUACAGGUACCUGGUAUUUUUCGAUGAUGGUUAUGCCCAAUAUGUCCACCACAAUGAUAUUCGGGUUGUAACUGAAGCAUCGGUAUGUCCAUGGGACGAUGUUUCCUCAGACUCUCGAGAAUUCAUUAAAGAGUACCUGCAGAUGUAUCCUGAAAGGCCGAUGGUGCGUCUGCAGAAGUAUAACUUUGUCAAGACUGAAUAUAAAUGUCAGAAUGUUUUUUUCCACUGUGGAUUGCCGAUCGAGUGGAUUUAUAGGGGAUCAACUCGACUUAGUCCGCUGUUCAACAAGAAAUUAAAUAUACAGGCUCAGGCAGAACAGUUCAAAACCAUACGAAGGAGAACAGCUGGACUACCAGGACGAGCAAUAGUCGAGUAUGGAACAUUUGGGCAAGGUCAUGAUGUGGAACCAUCAGCAAAUCAGAGUGAACGACGUGCUGUGGCCAAAAAGAGCACGAUGUCCCGAGCUGGUACUCCCCCUAAAGAAGUCCAGGUUCGAAUUGAACAAGAGUCCAGGGGAUUCACAAAUAAACAUACGUUACAAGAAAAGAUCAUGAAAUAUCGCCGUCACAUGUGUACUAGCAGUUGUCUUGGGGAAGGUGGUGACAGUAUGCGGAAGCACAAAGACGUAUCACCUCUGCUGUAUCCAAUCCUUCAAGGAUGGAAUAGGCUAGUAGUGAAACAAAGACGCAAGACAAUUACAAAAAGUGAAAUCUUUUAUGUUGCACCUUGUGGGCUAAGACUGCGGAACAUUGAAGAAGUCUUCCAGUACAUUGUUGACACUGAGUCCAGCCUUGAGAUAGAUUGUUUUUCUUUUGAACCGGGAAUAGAUGUGUCUCAUGAAUGGGAACCCUUCAAGAGGAUACUGUUCUUAGAGCCAGGGAAAAGUGUGCUUGUCCGACAAUUAACUAUCCAAGGUACUCCAAAUUCUCGAUCACAAAGAAAAUUCAAUGCUGGCUACCAACAUCGGCGACUCUAUGAUCAAGUACAGAGUGGCAUAUAUGAAUGUAAUUCAAGGUGUACAUGUGCACUGAACCGCUGUUCAAAUCGAGUAGUGCAACAUCCAUUGAGGCUUAAAUUACAACUCUUCAAAACGGCAAGAAGAGGCUGGGGUGUAAGAAGUCUCUGUGACAUUCCAAGAGGUGCUUUCAUAUGUGUUUAUGUUGGAAAGAUGCUUAGCGAAAGCAUUGCUAAUGAGGAAGGGAAACAGAUUAUUGGCGGUGAUGACUAUUACGCUGAACUUGACUAUAUUGAAGUUAUGGAAAAUGCCAAGGAAGGCUUUGAAGAAGAAGCUCUGAUGCCAGAGGAGGAAAACCUAAGUAUAUUACCAAAAGACAACUGUAAAUCCUCUAUAUUCUCAACUCCUCUUCAUCAUCAGCUCCAAUACUGUCCAACCCAAAGGGCUUUUGUGAAGUUCUUCCACUCAUGUCUUGCCUGUGCUUUCACUCCCACAAAUCUCAGCUUACCACCAGUCUCCCUUAUCAUAGUUCUCAUCCAAGUAAGUCUGGGUCUUCUAACUCUUUUGAUGACCAGAGAAGCCCAGCUGUCAUUGUUUUGCACUAUUCUCCCUGGAAGGGUGCAAAGGACAUGUCCAAGCCAUCAUUUCUCUCCUGGUAACAUUUCUCACUGUCUUGCCAUGUGGGGUCCUAAUAUUCAUCUUAGAUUUCUAAUCUUGAAUUGUCCAGUUUUUUUUGUCAUUUAGUGUCCAUGUCAUAUUUUGCUUCACAUAUAUUACACAUAAGCCAGUUUACAAUUUUUGCUGUUGAUGAUGUAUACACUGGGUUUAUCUUUUGUUUUCUCUUCCCUACUGUAUUUUCUUCUUUACUCACUUUUCUUUUUUACAAAGGGAUGUAUGGAUAGUGUCACUAAAUAGGAAAAAGAAUUAUGUGCGUAUAUCCAUUUCCAUGCGUGGUUCAUCAGUGGAAUUAAUUGUGAGAGGAUAAGACGGUAAAGGGGUUGAAAGUCCUAGCAAAUUUCAGUUUAAAGCAACUGUACUGACUUAAGGUAUGGAAGUCAUAUUUAGGUAGUCUAUUUCUUAAACACUCCCCCCUUCUCCCCACCCCCAAUAAUUAGGGACAAAGAGUCCUUGAGUUCAAACAUGCAAGGUGAACAUAAAAUGUAUGUUGAUGAUGACAUAGGAAACAUCUUUGAAGAUCCUGAAAAGCUAUGUUGACAGUUGCAUUGGAAAUGUCUUCAAGACCUGAAUGCAAGUUAUUUAGAUUGAUAGACAAAAUAAGUCUGAGGAAUAAUGCCAUUAAUAAUUUGGGUUAAAGAAUCAAAACCAUUAAUCCAAAACAAAAUCAGUGCUAGUUAGAAAAA